UCGUAUAGCACCACGUAUGGCACCACGUCGUAUAGCACCAUCGCGUUGCUCCGCAUGCGGCACGACGGGGUUGGAGGGAGGUGCGAGUGGGAGGAGGUGAGGACCGCGGGCGUCGCGCCUCUCGCUCGACGGUGCGCCGCCGUUUGCGUCGUCGGCGUCGACGCGCUGCUCGUGCACGGCGGCGAGGACCCGGCGCACCCGCAUCGCCCGCUCGGGGACGCGCACGUCCUGGACCUGGAGACGAUGGCGUGGAGACAGGUCGCGUGUUUGGACGGAUCCGCGUCGAACGAAGGAGAAACCAAAGGAGAAACCAACAGAGGAAACGGCGCGAACGGGUCCAAACGACCGAUGCCCGUCGCCAGGUCGGAGCACGUCGCGUGCGCGUGGAGCGACGACUGCGUGAUCGUGUUCGGCGGCGUCGACGCGUCCGGCCGGUGCCUCGGGGACCUGUGGCUCUUAAACGUCGCGACCGGGGCGUGGACGGACCUGACGCGUUUGGUACCGGGUCACAAACCCGGCCCACGGGCGGGUCACGCGGGCGCGGUCGUCGCCGACCGGUACUGGUGCAUCGUGGGGGGCGGAAACGGUCGGAGCGGUGGCGACCUCGGGUGCGCCGUGCUGGACCUUGACGCGAUGGAGUGGUGCGGAUCGGGAGCCGACGAGAGGGAAUCGGAGACCUCGAGUUCGGGGUUGAGGGCGAGUUCAACGACGGAACCUCAACCGGGUCUGACGCUCCCGUCGCCGUCCACCGCGGGCGAGGGCAUGAGCAUGUGCGCGGUGGAGACGGCGGGGGGCGACGGGGUGCUGAUCGCGUUCGGGGGGUACGACGGGAGGUGCCGCGGGCACGCGCAGGCGUUCAGGUUCCCAAAACUGACGGCGUCGGCGCCCGACGUACGGAACGUCGAGCCGAAUAUAGACGGGAAAAACGGGGUCGGAAAGGCCUCGACUCCCGAUUCGCAUCAGGCGCACUCCCCGGGCGUGGCCGCGGCGGUGGCGCGGGGACUGGGCACUUUGUUCUCGCCGAUGAAGAUCGAGGGAGACGGCGUCUCGUCCGCGGAGGCUUCCGCUCGGCUCAGGGUGGACGCCCUCACCGCCGAUAACCUUCGUCUGAGGCGGGAAAACGCGCAGCUUCGCGAGGACGCUCGCAGGGUCGUGAACGUUCAGCGGACGAUGGAGACGGCGCUGGAGCAGCAGAAACGGCGGUGCGAGGCGCUGGAGAACCGCCUCGGGGAGGAACGCGAACGGGCGAAUGCGUCUUUGGCGAAGGUGGCGGAGCUCGAAGCCGCCGCCGAUGCGUUGCGAGCGCGGAUCAAAAAGUUGGAGACGGGCGGGGAAGACUCUGAGGAGGCGGAGACGACCCCGGCGCCCAACAGGCGAGGGAACUGGUUCAUGAACCUGCUCGCGGACACCCCGGAGAACACGCCGUAACGAUAUCAAAUGUAUGAUGACAACCCACGAUACC